AUGGCAUUUCACGAGUUUCAUUCACAACAGCAACUUAAACUAGAUAAAGAAGUACAAUCAAUUAUUGAUAAGUUUGAAAUAAAUCAAGUGAAGUUGAUAAAGUUAUGUAACGAAUACACCGAUAGUUUACAAACAUUCAAAGUCAAUCACUUAUUUGGAACAGGACAGGAAGCUGGUGACGUUGUACUAGCAUAUCUACAGAGACCUUUCUUUAAAAUAUGCCUUGUGAGGGUGAAUUUUAAUAAUUCGCAAAUACUACAUCAGCAAUGUAACAAGAUAUCUCAAGAGUUGUUCAAUUCGGAACAUCAAUUAGCUGAAAGAAUGUGUGCAUAUACUCUCAUGUUUCUCAGGUUAUACCUGCCUCAUCUAUAUGAUACUCCAUUUAUUCUACCAUUUAUUGUACAGGACUAUCCCGUUAGAUAUUAUAGCCUUCCCGUCAAGUAUCAACGGUUACUGCAGUUGGCAGGAAUUUACAAUGUCCAAGUAAAGGUGACUUCCGAAUCCCUUGCAUCAUUAAACUAUACAAAUUAUAGUACCUAUUUCAUGGGGGCUUCAAAAAAUAUCAAUUUAAUUGCUAGUUGCUUUAUCGGAGAGACAUAUUGUAGUUGCAUUAGGGUGACAAAUUCAAAAGCCGGACUACUUGAUUUCAGAAUUCCUCUUACCAAAUUACCAAAAACGGAUUUUGAUUUCCAUACAAUUGACAGGUUUGAUAAAUUAAUUACAUCAGAUCACAUAUCAGAAACUGUUAGAAAUUGCUUAAUAUUCUUACAUAGUAGGAGACAAAUACUUUCCAAAUAUCACUCACUCUGCGAUUUACCCAAUUGUAUUAAAAGCCACUUUAAACUUGAUACAGAUACCAUGGCCCAUAUUGUGCUAGAUGAGAGCGAGAAACUAUCAAUUGCUAACUUGGUAAUGCUCCAACAGUGGGAGCUGGAAACAAAUACUAACGAUCGACAAGUGAUUAAAAAAAUAGUAAAAGCUGUAAUAAAAAGAUCUGCAACUCUGAGCGCAAUUCCAAUUGUAGUAGAAAUAAUGAAUCACAUAAAACAUUUAAAGGAACAGAAUGAAACAUUUCAAUCCGCUACGAUAGGUUGUAAUGGAAGUUUGAUAGAAAUAUUCCCAGAUUAUAACAAAUACUUUUCUGAGACUUUAGCCAACUCUCCUUUGGGUCCAGAUAUUGCCAAAAAAAUAAAUGUUACCACUAACAUGGAAGCCAUUGAAAUUGGUGGUGCAUGUUUAGUGUACCAAUAA